AUGGCUCAAGGAGGCAUCCGUCACACUGGAGACUAUGUCUGGCGGUGGGUAGCUUCACCGAACCAUCAAGAGAGACGACAUUGGGGCUCGACGUCUUCUGAGAAAUCGUCACCCCCAGACCAUCCGAUAUCCCCGGAAUGUACAUUCUCUGACGUAUCAGCAACCCCAAGGCACUCAACGUCCUCCGCAGAUGUGACAACCUUACCCCCACCACCCCUAUCUAGGAGCAGCUCACCUGGUCGGGCGACAAAAGCAGAAAUCACACUAGCCAGACCGGCAGCGUCCUCAAACCUCCUCCGAAUGUCAGAAUCAUCAAGGCGACAGGAGCGGGCACCCUUAGUUCAUGGCUUACAUCCCACAACGACGGAAUCAGUAUCCGUAUCAUCUUUAGAAACAUUGCCGCCCAGAAACAUUACUCUACCACCGCGGCAACCGCUACCAUUGUCAAAAGAUCAAGCAGCUCUCUACCUGGCUGUAUACGAGCGCGAGCCCCAAUUUGAUCCCAUUUACGAUAAGUCGAGCACUGCGAAGCGGGAUUGCUCCAUCCUGGUUCAAUGUGAGGCGCACAUCCAGAAUUACACAGAACACUUUUGCGACAUGACGUCCAGCUCUCGCCACAACCACAACAGGCAGUUUUACGUGAUUCCGAAUCUCCCUAAUCCCAGAAUGAACUCACCGGGUCUUUUAGGUAUGCAUUUCAUUGCAAGGAUUCCUCAGCAUCGCAUUGGAGAAGUCGAUGCGGCAAUCAAGUACGUGGAUGCGCACUGGACACCCUUGAUGACUUCCAGGCGGAACUUCUGGAUUGACACAGUUCUUCUGAGACUAGCGCAAGCCUCACUCAUAUCGCAUACUCAAGCACAGGCAAUGCUGUUAGCCAAGAAGCGAACUCUUGAAAAGCCGCAUAGAGGGCCCUUCCCAAAUAAAGCUCUAUGCUUUCCAUCUCUCAGGAUAGAUGCUGCUUCUUCUGAAGGGAUAUAG